GAUGCAAGUCUUUUAUAAGUUUUUCUUAUUUCUUUUCCAUGUGGGUGUUGUUGGGAGUUAAAGACUAAAAGAGAAAUAAAUGGUUUCCUUUGUCCUCUGCUUCUUACAAGCAACCUACAUGUUGUACAGUUAUUUGUAUUCCAUGGUAUUAUUAUUCCAUUUGUGGUUAUUUCAGAACCGGUUAAAUGGAAUUCAGGCGAGUUGUUUGUGCUUUAAAAACUCCUUGACAGAUGUAGGUUCUUUUGGCCCAAUCACAGUAACUGGCCCACCCCUUUUCUCCCCACUCCAAACAGCCAAUUUCUUUCCUCAUGUUUAUUUAUUCUGACAGCCCGCCCAUGUGAUUGCAGCUAACCAACCAGGUUGCUUCUGUGUGGGAUGACAUCACUAACUAGCUGGUUCCCUCCAGCAGCAGGGGAGCUUCAUUUUCUGCUCAGUGUUCGUGCUAAAAUGGAGGCUGGCUCCUCGCCUUAGCCUGGGCUACCCUCUUCUCUCCUGUUUCCUGCCUCAGCUCACUGAUGUUGGCAUGUACUAGAGCUGCCGGCGGGAUGGUUCUGGAUGGACCGAGCGCCAAUGGGCCUUUCCAGCCUGUGGCCCUCAUGCAUUUUAGAGAUGUUCCCCCUGCAGAGCAGGAGAAGCUGUUUAUCCAGAAGUUGCGUCAGUGCUGCGUUCUCUUCGAUUUUGUCUCAGACCCACUGAGUGACCUGAAAUGGAAGGAGGUGAAACGAGCGGCGCUGAGCGAGAUGGUGGAGUACAUCACCCACAACAGGAACGUCAUCACCGAACCGAUCUACCCAGAAGUGGUUCACAUGUUUGCUGUGAAUAUGUUUAGGGCAUUGCCGCCGUCAUCCAACCCCACGGGUGCAGAGUUUGACCCAGAGGAAGAUGAACCCACUCUUGAAGCUGCGUGGCCGCAUCUACAGCUCGUCUACGAGUUCUUCCUGCGGUUCUUAGAGUCACCGGACUUUCAACCAAACAUAGCCAAAAAGUAUAUUGACCAGAGGUUUGUAUUGCAGCUCUUAGAACUUUUUGACAGUGAAGACCCCAGAGAAAGAGAUUUUUUAAAGACCACUCUCCAUCGCAUCUAUGGGAAGUUCCUGGGCCUUCGAGCAUACAUUAGAAAACAGAUUAAUAACAUAUUUUAUAGGUUCAUUUAUGAGACUGAGCAUCAUAAUGGAAUUGCAGAACUACUGGAAAUACUAGGCAGCAUAAUCAAUGGAUUUGCAUUACCUUUGAAAGAAGAGCACAAGAUAUUCCUGCUGAAAGUCCUCCUGCCUUUGCACAAAGUCAAGUCCCUUAGUGUGUAUCACCCACAGCUGGCUUACUGUGUGGUACAGUUCUUAGAGAAGGAUAGCACCCUUACAGAACCGACGGUAAUGGCAUUGUUAAAGUAUUGGCCAAAGACCCACAGUCCAAAAGAAGUUAUGUUCCUCAACGAACUGGAGGAGAUACUGGAUGUCAUUGAGCCUUCGGAGUUCGUCAAAGUCAUGGAACCCCUCUUCAGACAGCUGGCCAAAUGUGUGUCAAGCCCGCACUUUCAGGUAGCAGAGCGAGCGCUGUACUACUGGAAUAAUGAGUAUAUCAUGAGCCUGAUCAGCGACAACGCUGCCAAGAUCCUCCCCAUCAUGUUCCCGGCCCUUUACCGCAAUUCCAAAACCCACUGGAACAAGACGAUUCAUGGGUUGAUUUACAAUGCUCUGAAGCUCUUUAUGGAGAUGAACCAGAAACUGUUUGAUGACUGCACCCAGCAGUUCAGGGCAGAAAAAAGCAAAGAGAAAGCCAAAUGGAAAGAGAGAGAAGAAGCAUGGGUGAAGAUUGAGAAUCUAGCAAAGGCAAACCCACAGUUUGUCGUGUAUGUGGACUCAAUAGGAUCAGGGAGUCCGAUGGACAUGGAGACAGAUGGGCCACUGCUAGACGAUGUCAACAUGCUAAAGAAAGCAGUAGUUGAGGAAGCCACACAGAUCCAAAAAGACCAGCGCAGAGAACGCCCGUUGAUGCGGAGGAAAUCUGAGCUCCCCAAAGACAUCUCCACAGUCACAGCUUUGGAGUUGCACCGAAGAGCAGAGGAAAUGUUGACGCCACACGAUGGCCAUUAAGAGACCAUCCCAGACCUACCAUAAACCAGCAGCAUCCACAGUGGAAUCACAAACCCACGGAGGGCCAGCACAAAAACCCCCAAAACAAAACAGAACUGUGGUAUCUCAGUCCAGCCCAGUGCAACACAGAAAUGAACGAUGCCAGCUCCACCUGACACAGAAAAUGUCUAAAGCCACACAUCUAAGCCAGGUCCGGCUUUGCGAGACAAGCAGUGCUCGGUCCUUACUGAUCCCCACCCCUUCACCUGGUUCUUGUUUGCGGUGCUGGGAUGUCCUGCAUGACCACAGCAACCCGCCGUAUACUGAACUUCAAAUAAGAAAUUGUCGUAAUCUCCUUCUCUUCUGUUUUUUUCCCCCCUCUCCUUGUCCGCUCAACUUGUGUUUUGGGGUGCUGUGCUGCCCCCUUCUGGUCAUUUUUCUCAGGUGUUCUGUUCUGGUGUGUGUGUGUGUGUGUGAGCAGUCUUCUUCUCGUCUCUUCUUUAUCAACGUCAGGUGCUUGUACAAAUAAUAAGAGCCCCCAACUAUAACUUCAAUGGAGGCCAUCUACAGUGGGGUGAGACUGUGUCAGUUCUUUCUGUAUAUUUAAUAUUGGCUGUUUUUUCUCAUAAAAUUUAAACUAGAUAGCUGUUUAUAUUUUUCCCUUCAUGCUAUAUUAGGAGCUCUUCUAAGAUUUUUAAAAAAUCACGUCCUAUCUGAAGAACUGUUCUGUUUCUUGCUAUUAUUUUAGGAUUCAUUCAUUCACUCCAUUCAUCAGGACUGGGCCACUCCUGAAUUCAGCAGGGGUGUGUGUUAAGGAUUGGGG